AUGAGUUCAGAAGAAGCAGGGUGGAGCAAUAUACAACAAGAUGUGUAUGAGAGUUAUCUACAGUCAUUGACAUCAUUCCAUAUACCAACGGAAUCAACAAUCAAAUUGUACAUAUGCCAAUUUGUCAGUUUACUAUUUAUUUUAAGGUAUUUCAAACUAAACAACUACAACAGGUGCAGUUUUUGUACUGGAAUGAAGAUUGCACUUGAAGUGCUUCUUUUCUUUUCAGUCAAUGCUGCCUGCCUAUACGUUAUAAUCAAUGACGGGUCACAAUGGAUUACCCUUGAUUUGAAGUACGCCAUUGCAAUCCAAGUCGCCAUCAUAUACGGACUAUCUGUCGUUGAUCUACUAGUUGCACUCGCCUCAAGUACCACCACCCACCCACCUAAAGCCCAACCACUUUUAAAUCAAAAUGUAAUACUUGGCACUCGUCUAUUGCCCCACGACCCAGCAUGGGUCAAGUAUCUACGCCACUUGAAUGACGAUUUCCUCAAAAUCAUACUAAGUUACAACUUCAUCAUCAUAAAUGACCUUCAAAUUAGUACAGCAGGAAAAUUAGUAGAGCUUGCAAUGAAGUUGAUUUGUUUGUGCAUUAUGCUACGUUAUGAAUUUCAUGAAGAUGGGGAUAGUGUUGAUGAUGGUGUUGAUGACGCGAGUAAUAGUAGUACUGAACUGAAUAAAGUACUCGAAACUCAGGAAAAAGUUUGA